AUGAUUGACUCCGGACAUCGUGUAGACUCCAGCGAAGCCAAAUUACCCAAAGUCCCUGGGCCAGCGUUUGUUAGCAACAGCAGAAGCAACUACGAUCCGGCUAAGGAAGCCGGCUUUGUGCGCGCAAAAGAAACUCCUACAAGCCCCGAGCUUGGCAUGGCCAACGGUUACAUAAAUGCCUGCAUCUUUCCGCGCUUUCUCCCCCGUCCGCCCUCCCUCCUGUCCGGAUUCAACAAACCCACAUUACCUCGCAACCAGCCGAGUACUAUAAACCCCACACCCUCCCCUAUUCUCAUGACUAAUUUGCUUCCAGCAUGUUACUUUUUACCCCCUCCCUACAUAAAUAUAAUGGCUCGAGGAUAA